AUGCUGAACGAGCUGCCCGAGCAGUACAGCAGCUCCAAGGUGGAAAAAGUGCUGCAGCGUAUGGGCGCCUUGCUUCCGAUGAACAUCUUCUUGCGGCAUGAGGUCGACAGGAUACAGAACGUGCUACAAGAGGUGAAAUCGACACUGACAGAUUUGAAAUUGGCAAUAGAUGGGACGAUUGUGAUGAGCCAAGGUCUCAGGACUUCUCUAGAUGCUAUGUAUGACGCGAGAAUCCCAGAUAAAUGGCAAAAGAUAUCUUGGGAGUCUGCCACACUAGGAUUUUGGUAUACGGAACUUUUAGAAAGAGAUGCUCAAUUCCGAACCUGGAUUCAAAGUGGCAAACCGAACGUGUAUUGGAUGACAGGAUUCUUCAAUCCCCAAGGGUUUUUGACAGCCAUGAGACAGAAUCUGAUAACCCGUUACAGUAAAGAGGACUUGAAGGAGGGCCCUCCGGAGGGCGUGUACGUCCACGGUCUCUUCCUAGAGGGCGCCAGUCUAGAUCGCCGUUCUGCCAAACUGGUCGAGAGCAAACCCAAGGUUCUGUACGAGCAGAUGCCCGUCAUCUACAUUUACGCCAUCAAUAGCACAGCGGGCAAAGACCCGAAGCUAUACGAGUGCCCCAUCUACAGGAAGCCCCAGAGGACCGAUCAGAAGUACGUGGGGUCCAUCGAUUUUGAAACGGACCACAAUCCGAGGCACUGGACUUUGAGAGGAGUCGCCCUUCUGUGUGACAUCAAAUAAAAAAAAAUGGGAAAGUGUCUUUGUUGUUUUGAAUGAGAUGAUUAUUAUGAAAAUACAUUUUGCAUUUAGUGCAA